UCACAUCAAUGGCUCUUUGCAUUAACUGUUUUCUGCAGCCCCUUCUCGUGUGCAAAGCAAAACGUAUCGCACUGCCACUGCCAACGAAUUCCGACUAGAGUGAGAGGGAAAGAGAGGGAAGAUCGGAUUGAAGGGAAAUCUCCCGUAUCAAUUUGAACGACGGAAAAACAGCACAAAAGCGGGCAGGGUGACAUUUUCUACAGCCAUUGGAAGAGAAACCUUCCCCUUGCAUCGCAAAUGGAGCUACCCGCCGCGGGAGAGCACGUCUUUGCGGUGGAAAGCAUCGAGAAGAAGCGGAAUCGAAAGGGGAGGAUGGAAUACCUAGUCAAGUGGCGAGGAUGGUCUCCAAAAUAUAACACGUGGGAACCAGAAGAAAACAUUCUCGACCCGCGACUGCUUGACGCUUUCCAAAACAGGGAGAGAUACGAGCAGCUUAUGGGAUAUCGCAAAAGAGGGCCAAAGCCAAAGCACCUGAUGAGCCAGGUCCCGUCCUUCGCCCGGAGAUCCAGCGUCCUCUCAGGCCUUCAGGAGACCACCCUGGACGAGGACAACCGCCAGAAAGUGGACCCCAUCCAGACACUGCGCUCGCAGACCCAGCAGUACCAGCUGAACAGCAAGAAGCACCACCAGUACCAGCCCCUGCUGGCCAAGGAGAGGGAGGCCGAGCAGCAGGCCAACGGAAAGAAGAAGCUCUACUACCAGCUCAACAGCAAGAAACAUCACCACUACCAGCCUGACCCCAAGAUGUACGACAGCACCCAGUGCCUAAAGCCCAGGGAGGCCACCAAACCUCCGGAACUGCCCACCAACCGCGGCUGGAACCUGCCUCCCGCGCUGCAGCAGAAGUGGGUCCGGGACAAGGACUCUGGCUGCCUGAGCAAAGUCAAGGAUAUUACCAUGGAGCUAAAGAAGCUUCCGGCUCACCUCAACGGCCACAGUGGCGAAUCGGAGCAGAGCAAGGCCACGGCCAAAGAGGACGCACCGCUGCUGAAGGCCAACGGUGUCAGCGACAGCAAACUGAAGAUCGUCAAGAACAAAAACAAGAACGGACGCAUCGUCAUUGUCAUGAGCAAGUACAUGGAGAACGGCAUGCAGGCAGCAAGGAUUAAAUACGGAGAUGUGGAAACCCUUGACAAACCGCAGCCGGACAAAGAUGAUGAUGCUGCAGGAAAUCACCUUGAAAAGAUGAGACUCGUCCAGAAACUGGGUCUCACCAACGGAUUCACGAAAGACUGCAACAAAGAUGUUAAGUUACACGUCCCCAACUCAGGAUCUAACGGAUCUAACGUAUUUAAGUGUCCUGCUGAGAAGGUCGACUCACCCAAAAUGGAGCUUAGUGCGACAGAACAGGAUAAACAUUUCAAUGUCAGGGGUCAAAAGGAGGCUACAGAGGAUCAGCCCCUGCAGCUGACCACCAAACCUAACCUUGCCCCUUGGCCCUUUGAGAUGAGGGUUCAUAGGAGGACUCAGCCAGGAAACGGCUCCUCUCCAGCCCUCAAACGUCACCUUUCGGAGGCAGACAAGGGCGAGGACCGGGGUGGCUGUAAACGGUUUCUAAACUCCCGGAGUAUCAGUGCACCCUGCACGGUGUCCUCACCAACUCAGAGCAACUCCAUGGACCAAAAUGGCCACCAUAGCCACAAUGGCCACCAGGACUAUGACUUCCUGGAGUCUAACCAGGACGAGCCCAUGGACCUCAGCUGUGUGAGGUCCAGAGGGGAGGCUCCAGUUCCCACAGAGACACAGGUGGCUCCUUCUGCUGAGGAGGAGAAGGCUGCAGAACAGACAAAACCGCCAUUGGCUAUCACAACAGAACAGACUGUGGAGGGGGAGCCUUUUCCUUCAUUCAAGCCUUUCCUUGGGAAUAUAGUCAUCACGGAUAUUACAACAAACUGUCUCACGGUGACAUUUAAGGAAUACGUUACAGUGUAACGAAGCUGAAAAAGACGAUUUGAGGAUGAGGGAUUAACAGCAACUGUGUGAAUAUGUACAAAUGUAUGUUGGAACAUAUGGUAUUUUCAGAUGUUUGAAUGUAAAUAAGAGCCCUUACAGUUUGUAUUUAGUGGGGUUGAGAUUAAUUUUGUUUCGGGUUCCCAACCCUUCUAUUAUUUGUAAGUACGUAGUUUUGGCUAUCAUUCUCUAAAUGAGACCAAGAGUUUUUGUAAUACCUGAUGAUGUAAGCUUUUUCUAAUUGAGUUACAAACUACUUUAGUACAGGCUAUUUUGACAAAUGGUAUCAGGGCUCAGUGAAAAAGCACUUACUCAUGUAAAUAGUUAUUUACUUUUUAUAAAGGCUUUAUAUCCAUUUUGCUUUACAGUCUUUGUUUCAGGUCUAUAUAUUGAGAAAGAAAAAGUCUAUAUAUUGAUUAUUGGUAAAUGACGCCCUCUUUCAGUUUAUUUGCCUGUGUGUGGUGUGUGUGCACGCAAGUGAAUACGUGUAUCUGUGCGUACAUGUGUAAUGAGGUUGCAAAAUGAUGGGCCGUGUGUGUGUGCGCACGUAUGUGUGUGUGUGUUUGCAAGACAGGGAGAGCCAAACAAACAGGGCCUCCCAAGUCAAACUGCACAAGUCAAUGAAAGACCUUGGAGUUAACAUGUACUUUGCACUGUUGUAGGCUGGCUGAGGGGGGUGAAUGGCUGCUGUGAAGGGGAAGGCCUUAGCCUCUUAUCUGAUGGUAACGUUUAGGAAGAUAGAUAUUACUGUUUCAAUGAUUGUAAAUAUGUGAAAUACCCACUAAUAUCAUUCAUUCUCUGUAGGUCUGUAACAAUGUGGCAUUUUAGAUAUCAAUUCAAGUCCCAUUGGCCAAGUUCUUUCUUCAAGACCCAUGACAUGGAUAUUAUUAAUUUGAAAACAAUGCUAUGUUUAUAAUUUACCCUAUUUAUUGUAGCUUUUCACUAUUCAUGUGAAACAUGAAGGGAAGUUUAAAAUUAUUUAUAUAGUAUUAACUUUAGAAGGUCUUGUAGGCCAACUAACAAUCACAUUCAUCCCUGAAGUUGUGUUGAAGUGAUGAUGAAUUCACCUACAUAUCAUAUUCAGAAUGUAAAGAAUGGGUGAUUAAAUCAACAUUACACUUAACACAGGUAGUCUUUAAUGUUCACUACAUUAAAGGAAAUGUUAGGCUACUCUUUCAUUCACACUGUUUUCUUCAUUCUCCGUUAUGACUACAAGUACAAGUACAGAAGUUAUGACUACAAGUACAGAAGCCUAUACUAAUGCUUUUGAGUUUGAUAGGCCUAUGGCCUUUUGUGGGUUUAUAACACUGUUAACUUGAGCCUAUAACAGUUUUAUAACACCGUUAAUGUUUCAAAAGCAUGCAGUGUAUUCAUUGCAAGGGCAUGGCAUAUGGUACCCUAGGCUACUCUAUAGCCUAUACUGGUAUCAUCAAAAAACGUUCAUUCAUGGGACCUUCUCAAUGUUCUGUUUGAAACCCCUUUCAGCACUUGGUUCUUCAAAUAUGCAUUGUAUCUGCUUUAAGAGGGACUUUGUUGUUUAUGUGAGCAGACUAAACUGAAAAGGCUUCUUCUGAUAUGUUUUGCAAUAAUAAAAUUUUAAGAAAGCUAUGG